AUGGAUCACUCUGCUAUCAAGCCAGCUCUGUAUCCCGCUUCUACUGUGGAAACAGAUCUGAAGCCUACCGCUCAAGUGGGCAGAGAUCAUAUCGACCUUCGUCCACAUGAGUCUUACGAGGGCGCACACCGCUGGGAUCCUUUGGCAGAGUGGUCUUCGGAGGAAGAGGCCCGAGUUGUGCGGAAGGUGGAUUUCUAUCUGCUCUCUUGGAUUUGCUUGAUGUUCUUUGGGUUGCAGCUUGAUCGAGGCAACAUUUCGAACGCCUUGACAGACAACCUUUUGCCAGAUCUGGGCCUAGACACGAACGACUACAACAACGUAAGACAGACUCCAGAAGUUCGGAAUCACACAUACUCAUAUCUUCUANNGGGUACUACAGUGCAACUUAUCUGCUUCCUUGCAGCAGAGUUCCCAGUUCAACUCUUGAUCAAACGUUAUGGCUUUAAGCAGAUUCUGCCUUUGAUGAUGAUGGGAUGGGGUACUGUCUCGUGGGGUCAAGCAUUCAUGACCAACAAGACUGGUUUCUACAUCACUCGCGCGUUGAUCGGUUCGUACAUCUCACGCGGAUUUUGUUGGGCACAGUGCUGA